ACAGCGCACGCAGUGUAUUUGUGUGCCAUGUAAUUUUGUGUGUUAAAUUUUCAUUUUUAUCUGCUGUUGAUUCGAUGAAUGUCAUAAAUUUUUGUAAACUUGCUUAGUAAAUUUCUGAUAUUUUUCCUAUGAUGCUGUUGGGCAGCAUGAGGCGUUUGGUGUCAAUGCGGCUCCGUCCACCGUUGUCGUGUUGUCAGCUGUGUGGACCAAGGCGGUUAGCUGGACGUCUGGGCUCACUCCCACAUCUACACGACCCAUCGCCUCGCCUUCUCAGCUCCUCUGUUGGUCUGCUGGGCUCUGCAGCUCACCCCAGCCGGCCGAGCCAAGACGAGCUACUGCCCAACUCUAGGAGUGUCCUGACUCCAGCCCAGAGGCUAGUGGCCUCCUGCCCGACAGCUGUACAGCCAUACCUGCAGCUGAUGAGAGUUGACAGACCAAUAGGCUCGUGGCUGCUGUUCUGGCCGUGCGGCUGGGGCCUGGCGCAGGCGGCGCCGGCCGGCUGUCUGCCCGACCCCACCCUCCUGGCCGUGUACGCCGCUGGUGCGUUCGUCAUGCGCGGCGCCGGCUGCACCAUCAACGACAUGUGGGACAGGGACAUCGACAGCAAGGUGGAGCGGACGCGGAGCCGACCCAUCACCAGCGGCCGGGUAUCGGUGCUGGACGCGCUCGUGUUCCUCUCGGCCCAGCUGUCGGUGGGCGCGCUGCUGCUCCUCCAGCUCAACUGGCCCACCAUCCUGCUGGGCGUCUCUUCUCUAUCCCUGGUGCUGCUGUACCCGCUGAUGAAGCGCGUGACGCACUGGCCGCAGCUGGUGCUCGGGCUCACCUUCAACUGGGGAGUGCUGAUGGCAUGGGCGUCUGCUCAGGGGGCCGUGGACUGGCCGGCCGCGCUGCCCCUGUACGCCGCGGGUGUGUGCUGGACGAUCGUCUAUGAUACCAUCUACGCACACCAGGACAAGGCCGACGACCUGGCGCUGGGUAUGAAGUCGACCGCGCUCCGGUUCGGGGACGCCACUCCGCGCUGGCUGGCAGGGUUCUCUGCUGCCAUGAUGACCAGCCUGGUGGCUGCCGGUGUGGCGGCGGGACAGAGCUGGCCCUACUACCUGGGUCUCGGUGCAGUCGGUCUGCAUGUCGGAAAUCAGGUGCGGACAUUGCGGAUAUACGACGCCGCCGACUGCGGGGACAAGUUUCGCUCCAACCGGUACGUGGGCCUGCUGCUGUUCCUGAGCAUCGUCGCUGGACGGAAACAUCUUAAAUUUAAUACAAUUUCUUUGGAUACAGCCUCUUUGAUUCCCUACUUGCGAGGAAAAUAGCUCUGAGCCUUCUAUAAUGGCUGCUGCGGCGGCGCAGAAGGUGGCCGAGGUGCGCGAGGUGACCCGCCUGGAGCGGGUCGGCGCCCACUCGCACAUCCGCGGCCUGGGCCUGGACGAUGCGCUGGAGGCGCGGCCCAGCUCGCAGGGCAUGGUGGGCCAGCAGGUGGCGCGCCGCGCCGCCGGCCUCGUGCUGCAGAUGAUCCAGGAGGGCAAGAUCGCCGGCCGCGCCAUCCUCAUCGCCGGUCAGCCGGGCACCGGUAAGACGGCGCUGGCCAUGGGCCUGGCCCAGGCUCUGGGCGCCGACACGCCGUUCACAUCAAUGUCCGGAUCGGAGAUCUACAGUCUCGAGAUGAACAAGACGGAGGCGCUGAUGCAGGCCUUCCGCAAGUCCAUCGGUGUCAGAAUCAAGGAGGAGACUGAGAUAAUCGAGGGCGAGGUGGUGGAAAUUCAGGUGGACCGGCCGGCCACCGGCACGGGCGCCAAGGUCGGCAAACUCACCCUGAAGACCACUGAGAUGGAGACCAUCUACGACCUCGGCACAAAGAUGAUCGACGCACUCGUCAAGGAGAAGGCCCAGGCCGGUGACGUCAUCACAAUCGACAAGGCCACCGGCAAGAUCACCAAGCUGGGUCGGGCGUUCACACGCGCCAGAGACUACGACGCCACAGCGCCCCAGACGCGCUUCGUCCAGUGUCCCGAGGGCGAGCUGCAGAAACGCAAGGAGGUGGUGCACACGGUCACACUGCACGAGAUUGACGUCAUCAACAGCCGCACCCAGGGAUUCCUGGCGCUCUUCUCCGGUGACACUGGUGAGAUCAAGUCUGAGGUGCGAGACCAGAUCAACACCAAGGUGGCCGAGUGGCGCGAGGAGGGCAAGGCCGAGAUCGUGCCUGGGGUGCUGUUUGUGGACGAGGUACACAUGCUGGACAUUGAGUGUUUCUCGUUCCUGAACCGCGCCCUGGAGAACGAGAUGGCUCCGAUCCUGGUGAUGGCUACGAACCGGGGCAUCACGCGGAUCCGCGGCACCAACUACAGCUCACCGCACGGCGUGCCCAUCGACCUGCUGGACCGGACAGUCAUCAUCUCCACCCGGCCCUACCAGGAGAGCGAGACCAAACAGAUCCUGAAAAUCAGGUGUGAGGAGGAGGACUGUGAGAUGGCGGAUGACGCUCUCACCGUGCUCACCAGGAUCGGCAUGGAGACGUCGCUCCGAUACGCCAUUCAACUCAUCACACUCGCCUCGCUGGUGGCGCGAAAACGCGGCGCCGCUGAGAUCGAGAUUGAGGACGUGAAGCGGGUCUACUCGCUGUUCCUGGACCAGAGUCGGUCGGCGCAGUUCCUCAAGGACUACCAGGAUCAGUUCAUGUUCAGCGAAAUCGGUGCCGGGGACGACGGUGCUGCCAUGGAGACCGCAUAGAGCUCGUGACUGACCCCGCCCUGUGGUGCCUGCCUGCCGACGUGGCUCGUCUUGGACGGUGACGUUGGCCGGCGUUGCAUUCUCUCGUCUCAUCCCAGUGGUUCCGUUAUUCAUCGCACAUUGGCUGGCGACGUUAGUUUUUGUUGCCUCCGGCCGCGCUGAAACGUGGCUGAGUCGAUAGUGUAUUUUGUUGAACGUUUUCCGUACUGUAUUCCGUAAUACAGCAUCUCCAUCGUCAACAGUGAA